UGACUGUGGAAGGCUUAAAUUAAACCAUUGUCACGAAAUCUAGCCCGUUCCGGAUGAUGUUAGAUUGCCCCUGUUUCCUGUUGUCGGUACAGAAUGAGAAGGAAAGUCCUACACCGCCACUCUCCGUUGUUGUAGACGGCGAUACAUGUCUUGUAAGGCGUUUUUAGUCAAUAAUCAAGUGAAUAUGUGGUUGCUUGUAUUCGAGUUGUUUACCUGUGACUAUCCAACGUUUGGGGUAUAUAACAAAACAGAUCAUAUUUUGGCUUUAAGACGAUCAUUGUCAGUAUUUUAAUACACUUAACUUUUCGAAGUGCAUCUUAAGCCGAGGGUGCAGACAAGCUCGCGAGACAUACAAAUCAAACCACCACGGAAGAGAUAAAUAAUAUCACAACGACUGUUUCAUAACUCCCAUAUAUCCGGAAGUGGAUGUGUAACUAUGGUUUCGAGUAAUGUCAUCAGUAUGGCAUCUGCGUUUCACACAAACAACUACCACUGUUUAUGUCGUCUGAAGCGGAGGAACAUGUAUUUUACAAGUGUGUCCCACUCGGUCUGGCCUACACACUACGCGGUGCCUAAGUGGGCCCACUUCCGGGCCGGAAGUGUGUCACCAGUUUGACAGAGUAGAAGGGAUAACGAGAAACUCCAGUGUAGAAAAUCAAAAUGGCGCACAGUUUGUAAUAGAAAUGAAAUUUAUUGGAAAAGAAAGUUCGUCACCAUGUUCAAGACUAAACACAGGAUGAAAAAGAGCCAAGAUAACAAAAUAGACCUGUAUGUUGAAUGUUGGUCGAAAUUCUUUGACGUUGAUGGCAAUUCGGUCACAUUAACAACCAGCACUGCCGGUCCAAUUACCUCCCCUCCUUCUCCAAAUGGCAGUCUGAGUACCAAGAAGCCCAGCAGUGAGGUACCCAGUGUGAUGGUGUACACCAUAGGGGGGUCCGCCGUAUUCCUCCUCCUCACGUGUAUGCUGUUCAUCGUGUGUAUGGUCAUGUCUCGGAAGACUCGCAGUGAACGCAGGAGACGGAAGGCAGCUGAGGCGGAGUCCAAUGUGAUGAAGACGACGAUGACCAGUAUAACGGACACCGAGGACAACACCACGUACGCCGAGGUAUCCAUGGGAGAUCCAACGUACCGAGAUGGUCAUAUUGAACUUCCGAGUAGAAAGCGAACCAGAAUAGGAGGAGUAUCGAACGGACUUCAGACGGUGAAGCGCUUUUUUAGUGUAGAGGGUAAUCAACCGACAUCGGCACAACCAUACGCCGCGACAAGGGAACCAACGCGGCGGGAGCCACUUCCGGCUAUACCGGAAGCUUCACAAAAAAGUAACAGCUUCCCACGAUCGCGAGAACAGAGUGAAAAACGGCUUUCGUAUAGGAAUCCGGAGUACGAGGAAAUCGGACCGGAGUUUUUGCGUAGGAGUCAUAUUUAUAACCCAUUGGUCAGUAGUACCUUAAAGGUGACGGACACGGGAAGCAGUCCGUACGAGGCGUUACGUAAGAGUACACUGAGUCCCAUCCCCGGCUCUACCCGGAGUUUACCAAAGGAAACGAACAUGGAAGAUAAUUAUUUUAUUGUAGAGAAGGAAGGUGAUGGCUAUUCCAAAGUGGUUAAGGAUAAGGCUCCAGCGGACGGGGCGUAUUUCAUUGUGGAAAAGGAGACGGAAUUACCGUCUCGUCACGAACCUCCCUCGCCCGAUGGCGAUAUUGAUAUAAAUGUUAUUCCGUCUUCGCCACCGUGUGAAGAGGAUGCAGAGCGGCAACCGAUGUUGGGCACAACGAGCUCGGGAUGUUGGGAAGCCAGUUCUGCUGGAGAAUCUGACAAUAACUAUUUCCUGCUAGAGAAGUCAAACGGAUCUGCGCCUUCCGAAACUGAUUAUCGGGACUACGUGCAGCCGAUGGACAAACAGCGCAAUUCAUACAUCGAUAUUCUUCCAGAUCAUGUGAAAUUUGUGGACAUUAAAAACCAGUCGGACGAACGCCGACGUCAGCUGACUAAUACAUAACCAUCGUAUGGUGUUGGUUUCUUUACUGAAACGAUUUGUUUGUGGUGACAUUUGUCUUACCAGAUGCGUGUUUGUGUAUGCAAGACCCGAAUUUUGUUUAAAAACAGGUAUGUGUGCUCAACCUGUUUCUCAUAAGUUCUGUGACAUGGAAACUUUCUAAAUUUUCAAAUUCUGAGGCGGAACUGCUUCAAAUUUCAGUUAUAAAUAUUUAAGCAUUGAAUUCAUUAAGUUGGCAUUCAUAAACAAUAUGAAUGCCAACUGGAACGCGACAACUGCAAUGAAGCGUGCUAGUAAUCAGUGUGCCCGACUAUACAUUUUUCAUUGAUACUAAUAUUAGGAACAUGUGUGAUUAAUUAUAAGUGUUUAUACCUGCGGUUUUAUCAUACCAUUGUCAGGUCACAUCUGAGGUUUUAUCAUACCAUUGUCACACCACACCUGAGGUUUUAUCAUACCAUUGUCACGUCACACCUGAGGUUUUAUCAUACUAUUGUCACGUCACACCUGAGGUGUGUUCACAGAAUGUACCGUGCCUUGACAAUUUACUGCAUACUUCCCACCUCUCACAAUGGAAAAGUGUGGGCAAUAAAUCACUUGCUACCACAGUCUAC